AUGGACUUUAUAGAAUGCGAAAAUCCCACUACAACGAUGGCUUCUGGGAGAAACGAAGAAGAGUCGCCAAACGGAAGCGAAAAGCAAGAUUUUGAUCAAACAUCAGCGAUAUUUCCUUGUAUAUCUUGCGACAGCAUUUUCCUAAACAGAGAAGAAUGCAGGGAACACAUGCGAGAGCACGCCAAAAACAAGACGCUCAGGUGCCGCUACUGCAACGAACGACUGCCCUCUAUGAAGCGUCUUCUACACCACUUGAAGGAGCACAGGGCCGAAUCUUCAAACAGCGCUCCUAAUAGUAUCACCCUUCCCAAUCCCGAGAUCCUGCUCAAAGAAAAUAAGCUACCCAUUGUCAUGACAUCAGGCUCAGACAAGGUCAUCGACUCCACAAAACAGAAGCGACCCUAUGCAAGCAAAGGAAGAAAGAAGGGCAGUUACUUAAAUAGGACUUGCACUGACUGCGGCGAAGUGUUCAUGUCGUCAGCCGCGCUAAAAAACCACAAGAAGCUCCAUAACGCCGGGAAACUGUUGUACUCCUGUUCGUAUUGCAGCUACCGCAGCGACUUCCCGACAGCCCUAAAAAAACACCUGAAGAAGAAGCACGAAGAUUUGAAAGUGGUAUAUAAAUGUGCAAUCUGCAGUUAUGUGGCGAUUAACAUCCAAUCACUCACGUCACACGUGUCAUUCAACCAACACUUCAUUACCUAA